AUGCCCGUGACCUUUGCCCUCUGGCUCCUCCUGAGCCAGGCCAGCGCGGACCCGGACCCGUGUUACCACCCUGGGGGCCGCCCCCGCUUCUGCCUCCCACCCGUGACCCAGCUGGCUGGCAUGGCUGCCUCCUGUCCCCAGGCCUGUGGCCCCUCCCUGGGCGUGGACCUUGGCCCGCGAGCCCCCUGCAAUGGCAGUCUGACCCUGGGCCUGGGGGGCCCUUUCCUCCUGUCGUCCGUCAGCCUGCGCUUCUGCACCCCAGGACCCCCAGCCCUGGUCCUGUCUGCCGCCUGGGCCACCGGAGGGCCCUGGAGGUCACUGUGGCGCAGGCCCGCCUGGCCGGGGGCACUGGGAGGGCCAGAGAGGGUGACCUUCAGGGUCCCAGCGGGCCCUAAGGCCAGCGUGGUGGCCAGUCACCUCCGCCUGGAGCUCGGGGGCCGAGGGGGGCUGGCAGCUGCGGGCGUGAGAGGCCGCUGCCAGUGCCACGGCCACGCUGCCCGCUGCGCUGCCCGUGACCGGCCGCCCCGCUGCCGCUGCCGCCACCACACCACCGGCCCAGGCUGUGAGAGCUGCCGGCCAUCUCACCGCGACUGGCCCUGGCGGCCUGCCACGCCCCGGCACCCUCACCCUUGCCUGCCCUGCUCCUGCAACCAGCACGCGCGACGCUGCAGGUUCAACUCGGAGCUGUUCAGGCUGUCGGGCGGCCGGAGUGGGGGCGUUUGUGAGCGGUGCCGCCACCACACAGCCGGGCGGCACUGCCACUACUGCCAGCCAGGGUUCUGGAGGGACCCCAGCCAGCCCAUCAACAGCCACAAGGCCUGCAGGGCCUGCCAGUGCCAUCCUAUUGGGGCGACAGGCGGUACCUGCAACCAGACCAGUGGGCAGUGCUCCUGCAAGCUAGGGGUCACUGGCCUGACCUGCAACCGCUGUGGUCCUGGCUACCAGCAGAGCCGCUCCCCCAGGAUGCCCUGCCAGCGAAUCCCAGAGGUGACAACCACCCUUGCCACAACCCCUCAAGCUUACAGCUUGGACCCUCAGUGUCAAAACUAUUGCAAUACCUCGGACACCAGGAUACACAUGAGCCUUCGGAGGUACUGCCAGCAGGACUACGUGCUCCACGCGCAGGUGCUGGCGUCCGAGGCCGCGGACACGGCAUGGCAGCGGCUGGCCAUACGCGUGCUGGCCGUGUACAAGCAGCGAGUGCGGCCCGUGCGCCGUGGCAGCCAGGCCGCCUGGGUGCCCCGCGCCGAUCUGACGUGCGGAUGUUUGCUCCUGCGGCCCGCCAACCACUAUCUGCUGCUGGGCAGCACGGCUGGCAGCCCAGAUCCUACACGCCUCGUCCUCGACCGCCACGGCCUCGCACUGCCCUGGAGGCCGCGCUGGGCCCGGCCGCUGCGGCGGCUGCAGCAGGAAGAGCACGCCGGGGGGUGCCGCGGCUUGCGGCCUUCGACCCCGAGCCCCGAACCCAGGCUCUAG